UAGGCACACACACACUUCUUAAUAACUUUUUCAAUAUCUCAAUCCACUCAACACUAAACACAUUCCCCCACGCACACACACGCACACACGGAGACACACACACCUGGAUUACUUCCUCACCUGGACGCGUGCAUCUGGAACCAGCUGGACUUCUCCGUGUGUGUGUGUUGGUGUGUGUGUGUGUUGGUGUGUGUGAGGAGCCAUGGCCCAGGUGUGUGUGUGUCGUCAGCUAUGGGGCCUGAUGCUGGCGCUGGUGCUGCUGAUGGUGUUGGAGCAGGCGGAGGCCCGGAAAGGAGGACGCGGACACCGAGCAGACCUGGAGCCUGGUGAGAAGAUGAAGAUGCCGCCGUACAUUCCGAAGUCGACGUUCCGCUUUUACACGGAGGGCGAGUACAUGGAGGACACCUGCACUGUGGAACUCUUCCAGACACACACGCUACACACCUGCGGAUUCAACACCACACAACCCCUCGUCAUCAUCACACACGGCUGGUCGGUGGAUGGCAUGAUGGAGAGCUGGGUGACCCUAUUGGCUACGGCCCUGAAGGCCUCCUUGAAGGACGUCAACAUCCUCAUCGUUGAUUGGAUCCCGCUGGCCCACCAGCAUUAUCCAAUAGCAGCCACCAAUACUAGAGUAGUGGGACACGACAUCGCACACCUGCUUCGCUGGCUACAGGACUUCCUGGAGUACCCGGCUAGUAAAGUGCAUCUGAUUGGCUACAGUCUCGGAGCUCACAUCUCAGGAUUCGCCGGAAAGUACCUUGGAGACGCCGCACAGAUCGGACGCAUCACAGGUCUGGACCCCGCCGGUCCCCUGUUCGAGGGCAUGUCCGCUACUGACCGCCUGUCCCCGGAUGACGCGCGCUUCGUGGACGCCAUACACACAUUCACCCAGGAGCGCAUGGGUCUCAGCGUGGGCAUCAAGCAGCCCGUGGCCCACUUCGACUUCUACCCCAACGGGGGCGAGUUCCAACCCGGAUGCCAGCUGGCCGUGCAGAACCUCUACUCACACCUCUCCCAGUUCGGACUCAUGGGGUUCGAGCACACGGUAAAGUGUGCACACGAGCGUUCCGUUCACCUCUUCAUCGACUCGCUGCUCAACAAGGACAAGCUGAGCACGGCGUACCGUUGCCGUGACGACAGCGCAUUCGAGAAGGGGGUGUGUUUGGACUGUCGUAAGAACCGCUGCAACACGUUGGGAUACGACAUCAAGAAAGUGCGGACCGCCGUCAGCAAGAAGCUCUUCCUCAAGACCAGGUCGCUAUCGCCGUACAGAGUGUUCCACUACCAGUUCCGUAUCCAGUUCACGCAGCAGAUAGAGACCAGUGACCCCUCCCUCACCAUCUCCCUCACCGGCACCAAGGGGGACAGCACACAGCUACCCAUACAGUUCAUUGAGGAGAUUUCGGAGAAUAAGACCUACUCGUUCCUGAUCACCCUGGACAGUGACAUUGGUGAGGUGAUGAUGCUGCGGUUCAGCUGGGCAGGCAGCCCCAUGUGGAGCAGCGUGUGGAACAGAGCUUACUCUCUAGUGCCCUGGGGGACGGAGGCCAAGGGACCCAGGCUUACAGUGGGCAAGAUCAGGCUCAAGGCAGGAGAGACACAGGAGAAGAUAUGGUUCUGCGCCCAGACGGAGGAUGGCGUGCACAUCCAGCCUGCGGAGGAGAAGGUGUUCGUACGCUGCGAAGUGGAGAGGCAUCGAGAGAGGCAGCGGCGGACCAAGAAGCACCACAGCCGAUAGUCACACGCUAGACCACAAUGCACCACAGCCGAUAGUCACACGCUAGACCACAAUGCAUCACAGCCGAUAGUCACACGCUAGUCUAGACCACAAUGCACCACAGC